ACAAACCAUCAUUUAUCGAAAUUUUUUAAUCUAACUUUAAAAACAAAUAAAAUAUUAAAACCCUUUGAUCGAUUUAAAAACUAUCCAAGUACGCAAAGAAAACAAUCCAUACUUAGUUGACUUGACAGGUGACAGGGCAGUGAAUUGAUUUUUUCGAAAAUGUCGUUAACAGACAAGCUUUCCAUGCUUAUGGCCCGGCCGGGCGGCGACAAUGCCCAGAAAGAUGACGUGCCUUGGUGGAUGCGCUACGCUGGUCGGGGAGUUGGAACAGUUGGCGGCUUCAUUGCCAUAAUCCUGGGCCUGCUGAACUGCAUCAGCAUCGUGUUGCUGGACGUGGGGUGCCUGAUAGCUGGCAUCUGGCAGAUGCUGGCCGGGUUCAUAGUGAUAGUGUGCGAGGCGCCGUGCUGCUGCUUCUUCAUAGACUACGUGCAGACCCUCAGCGAUAAGAUGGAGACGAGGCCUUACUGGAACAAGGCGGCUUGUUAUGUUGGGCUCUCAGUCCCGCCAUUCUUCAUGUGUUUCAUAAGCAUGAGCACGUGGUUCGGCAGCGGCCUGAUCUUCGCCACUGGCAUCAUCUACGGAAUGAUGGCGUUAGGCAAAAAAGGAUCUAUAGAAGACAUGAGGACGUCGGCGGCGAACUUGGAGGCGGGAGCUGGUCAGCCGACGAGCGCCCCGCGAGCCAACCUGGUCACGAACGAACAGCCCGUCAGCUUCACCGGCGUCCCCGUGCGCAACUGACCUUAUAGUCCUCGUACCCCGUGAGUCUCCUACUUCCUUAUGCGCUCCUAGUACUUCCGAACGCACUCACCAUGAACUCUGAUACUCAGACAUUUAUACAAACCUCUUUAAUUGUCUGUUCAACCGAUUUUAAUCUUCAAACUAUUUACUGCAGCCCCCAUGUGUCAUUUUACCAGCGUAAUAAAAGCCAAAAUCGCUUGCACGGACGAGUUAAAGGGUUUGUUAUUUUGAAUGGAAUCUAAGUACCGUCUUUCAAUCUUUUUCCUAUGUGCACGACAAGGACAGGUAUAUUUAAGCCAAAGUACGUGCAUUUAUGUCGACUACUACUUACCCUAUCUAGAAUUUGACUGUCUUACUAAUUGGUAACUUAUUGACGUAGACGUAAGGUGCAUCUUCCAUUAUCAAGUGCGUUUGAAACUUGCAAGAGUUCAUGGUGAGGUGUAAUGACGUGAAUUUUCAACUUGAUCAAUAUUUUUAUCGUUGUUGUUGUGACAGAGUGCUUCUUUUAUACCUAUUUAUAUUUUCUAGCUAAAUAUACUGUACAUGUUUACUUAUAAUUAUUGUUAACGUACGUUCCUAGUACAAUGGAGCGCAUAUUAAAUCCUACAAAGACUUUAUCAAUGUCUCUCAACGGAACAAGUUAAUUGAUACUUUUCCAGUAGAGACUUAUAGCAAUAUUCACAGUAAAAACUCCUUAGUUUAGUGUUGCCAACAAAAACCAGUGUCCUCCAUACAAAAUAAUAGUAUUGCCAACAAUAUAAUUUGAGUCUGCUUGUAGAUAGUUAAUAUUCUCGUCUAUGGUAACAUUCAUUAUGUAUGAUAUCCAGUUAUUUGUUAUAUUAUAGAGGUUUAUGAACUAAGCACAUAUUAUA